UCCGAAGCACACGACGCGAAAUCAUGCCGCGAGGAAAGUACGUUAACCACAAAGGGCGCAAUCGCAACUUUACCAAUCCGGAAGAGCUAGAAGCACAGCGGAAGAAGGACGAGGAGGAGAAAAAAUGGCGCAAGACGCGGGAACAGGGCUCGGACGAUGAUGACGAGGAUGAGGAUGAUAAUGAUGACGAAGAGGAUGAUUCGGACUCCGACUCGGACGAUGAUAAGGCGAAAGGUGCCCAAUCGGUAAUACAGAUACAGAAUCCGAACCGUGUCGCAAAGAAAUCUCACCGGAAGGUGGAAGCGGUGGAGGAGGAUGAGGAGCCGCAGCUGACGCGCCGGGAGAAGGAGGAGUUGGAAAAGCAGCGGGCAGCGGCCGCCUACCAGAAACGGCACGCCGAAGGUAAAACGGCCGAAGCGAAGGCUGAUCUGGCACGGUUGGCCAUCAUCAAGCAGCACCGUGCGGAAGCGGCGGCAAGGCGUGAGGCUGAAAAGAAAGAAAAAGAAGCCAAAAUGAAGAGUGGCGAAUCGUAGAGCUUACGCGAGUCGU